GGUCGUUGUUACUAGUGAACGUGAAGUCGUUACUUCUAUCGAAGAGCAUAAACAUGUGUCGAAAGAUCGCCAAGAACGAGGAAGAACGAUCGCUUGACGCACCACGCGAGUUUGCAUGGUCUGAAGAUCGAGGAUCAGAUGUUGGUACAAGUUCUGGGCAAUGUAGGUGUACACAAGACUCGAAGUCAAGAACGGUGUACGAUUUGAAACCAGACGUACGUAGAACGUGAAAGACUCAUCGCACAAUCUCGAAGAGAAAAAAUGGCAACUUCUUUCACGCAUGACGGCCGGGUGGUGGCCAUCGGCGCAAAUGAUCUGGCGUUCUAUCACGAACAGGAGAUCGCCAACCAACACUCGUCGACGUUUUCCUCCCCUGCAAAAGAUGAAAACCGACCUUCCGACCAAACCGGGACCGGCUGUGCUAGCCCGACAAGUAAAUCAUCCUCCGCGUCAAACACCAAAACCUCGGCGAAAAAUAACAACAAAAUCCCCUUCGCAACUGUCCGGGAGUCCCUGAUGUGUGAAUAUUUGUCCAGACACGCCACCGCGCCGUUUACCAACAACGCAAUUAGUAAACGUGAGCCGGUUACUUCCUGUUGGUGCAAACCGAUCGAGAAGUAUCUCGGCGAUUACACGCCAACACCGAGACUGCAAUUUCUAUACUUCGCUUCUCACGGCAGCUUGAUGCUCGCUGUGUACUUCUCCGCACUCGCGCUGAUCGCAGUCGCGGGGCCGUCGAUGACAACAGGUAGCUCCUCCUCUUUCGGGAGUGCGGCUGCCGGCGCUGGCGCGGCGAUCGGGUCAUCGGUUACACAGAUGAUGGCCACAGAUGACAGCAAGACUGCGUGGCUUUCCUUUCUGGAACACGGGACUACCUCAAACUCAAAGAUGUUCAUGAUCGGAAGCGGAACAGCGCAGCAGCAUGAACCGCAUCUUCUCAGCAGUAGAAGUUUUACUACAGCCGGUACUUCUCACCACCUUCCCUGGUACGAGCGGUCGAUCGAGGAAACGAUCGCGUUAGCGCCAAACCUGUUCCGUCUGAUGUCGGCAAAAGCAGCGCUGAACCUGUUUCUCUGUUCCUGGUACCGACACCCGAUUUACCGCAUUGAAAGGGAUGAUCCCAGUUGGAACGAGGAUAGUGCUAUCACGUCGGUGCAGAACCACGAUGUCAACAUGCACAAGCAGUACGCGUUAAAAAACGUGGUCAAAGCGGCGGUGGACCCGCCCUGCGUUUGUUCCGAUGUGAAAUCGUGGUUCAAAUCCAUCUACUCCAACUGCUACACCCGAGCGGUCUGGAUCGCGUUUGAAGCGCGGACGCGGAAGGGAUUAGUUUACGCCUCGCGGCUGUCGUUCACAAACUGCUUCAUCUUGGUUCUAACCUUGAGUGGGUCACUGGCGUUGGCGAUGGUGCCGUGGGGGUUGGCCAGUGUGACACUGUUUCUGACCUUGUACGUGGUCGCGUUGGGGCUGUCGUCGUGCACGCUGGCGAUGGAUUUGGGAAGGUAUAAGUUCUUCUUGGAUCAUUUUAGUACAAAGGUUUUUGGUUUUGCAUGAUCACAAAAAAAUCUUCCUGUAUCAAAGCCGAAUUUGGAUCAGAAAGGAAAAGCUGUCUAGCAGCUGCAUGUUGACAAAGCAGUUGUACUCACGUCUCAUCAUCAACGCAGGCUCAUCUUCUUUCGCAUCGGGUACAUGAGCCAGCAGAAGUGCCCGAUGUUGCUCGCGCUACCAACGUCUAAUGACGAGGAGGAGAAUCAUGCCGAACGCGAAGACAUCAACGCAGCGACCAGUCAAAAACCCAAAAAACAACUUCCCUUCCCCAACAUUUCCGACCUGCUCAAUCGCGAGGCCUUCACGCGGUGCUCGAUUCUCGAAACCCACCGCAUGGGGCUGUUCCCGAGGCAGAAGAUCCUGCAGAAUUCCGUGGUGAGCCGGAAAUCUGGUGCGGCCGGCGGGACCACCAUUUCGAACGCGAACAACAAGAGCCGGAAUACCGCGGACAGCACGAAAAAGGACGAAACGAUCUCCGAUUUUCCGGCGGGGCCGUCGGUUUGGGAGGACAGCAACAUGCUGGAGGAAGAUCCGCUUUUAGCGUCGUUUGAGUCCGACAAAUACUGGCGGUCGGAGCUACCGGUGACUGGGGCGGCAGGCUUGUUUCUCGGCGGGGACAUCGAGAAGGGGAUCUACAUCGGAACCUCGUCGAGCAGCAGCAGCUCCAGUGCGGAGGAACAAGAAGAUUUGGGUUUGGAUUUUGCUGUGCGGGGGAACACGGCGACGAACAUCAAAACGGAUGGAAAACAAGAAAAAGGAGUACGACCAGUAGGAGCCUCCACUACAGCCUCCGGGUCCUCUGGAACCUCUUCCGCCUUCUCCACAACCGAAUCCGAACAGCAGCUGAAUCAAGAAAAGAAGAAAAAGCAGCCGGAGUGGCAAAAGCCGAUUAAUUUGCUGGAGCCCGUGAAUUUAUUGCAGCAACCAUCAAGAAACAUCGAUGUUGAGCAAGGCGGAAGCACGACUGCGUCCGGGGAUGAGAGCAACAAAGGCACAACUCCUGGCGCUGCUUUCGAACAUCACAUCCAUCGGAGCAGUUCUGCCUCCUCGGUCGGGACGAUAGUUCCAGGAGGCACUACUGCCGCAAACUACCCGCAUGCGUCGACCACGACGAGCAAGAACGUUCUCACCGGCACUGUCGCGUCUAUCUCCUCCUCUUCCGAGACAACUUUUAUCAGUAGAUCGCAAGUCGCGCAGCACUACCACAUGGCGGACGGGACGACGACUAGUGAAAACGGGUCGAAAGACACGUUUAAUCCGGCGAGUAAACAAGCUAGGGAACUAUUGACCACUGGCGGGGCUUUGGACGAUCGGGACGAGAGCGAUGUUUUUUACAAAACGGGGGAGAUCAAGCUUCCGAUCGUGCAGGGCAGGGUGGUGGCGAGGAAUGGUGCCGGGGAGAGGAAGUCGGCGGGGAAAGAGGACGAAAAACUUUUGUUCACACCGACGCGGAGUAGGAGGUACAUAGAAAAAUGUGACAUGCCGCUGGAUUUGCUUCUCUAUGCUUGCUCGCACUGCUUUUCGUUCUCUUGCAAGUAUGGAUACAUCAAAUUUAAAACAUCAAAAUUCUAAUUCAGCACUCGGAAGAGCUCUUCUCGUGAAGCCGAUCAUGCGAGCGCUGCUGUUACGUCCUCCGAGUACAAGCUGGACGCGGCGAGUUACCGCCACGAAUUGCGGCAGUUUUUCCGGAAUUUGGAAGUUUGCUUCGUCGUCUCCUGGUGUUUGUCGAUGCUGGGAUUUGCGCAAUUGGUCUGGUAUUUCACGAUCCACCAGAACGCUACUUCACAGUGGGUGAUGUUAGCGACGAUCGCACUGUGGCCGCCGACGCAUCUGUUUCCAUUGGCGGUUCUGUGUGGAUGACGGGGUGAGGUCUUGAAACAAAAUUUUUCUGCGGAGAAGCGGAAGAGGGUUGAGACUAUGGCACACGCGGUCGAGACAGGCGUAAAAGUAAACUACGAUUACGCAAAGGUUAGCUUUAGUCAUCGCGUUUCCCUGUGCUGUUGUUGUUCCCUUGUUGUUGUAGAACAAAGAAUUACUGAUCGAACACAAACUUGUACAAUGUUUCGCCUUCCAUGAAUAGGCGUCUUCACUGCCAAAAAAUGAGACAAAAUUAUUGUAUCAACACGCUAGCACUUGCACUACAUCUAUUCGAAAUAAAAGAUGCUAUGCUUCUAUUCGUAUAUAAGUAUAGAAUUUUCUACCUAAGCUGAAUGUGAAUUCGAAAAGCGUGCACACACUGUUUUGCUUACAUUUUGUUAUCCUCAAGCACAGCUGUAUGCUGUUGCUGUAUCCUUCCCCCUUGUCGCGGCAAAUCAAGCGAGCAGGUCUCUGGCGACUUUAACAUCGUUUGGAUUGGCCUUAUGAUGCCUAGCAGUUUGACCGUUGUAGUUGUACUUGUAGAUAGAUGCGUGGCGACACGUUCCAUCGCCGAUCACAACCAGCGCAUUUGCAGUGUUUUGUUGUGCCGAGAAUGGAACGCACAGAAAGAUUGUUGCAGAGCACUAUACAUAGCGCACGCAGCGUUUCCCGG